AUGACGGAAAACAUUAUCUCAGAAGGCGACCAGUUGGAGGAAAGCGUUGAUCUGUAUGAAAGACCAUCCGUUUAUCUACUACCGAGGCAGCGGCUUUUUGCUGUAGAGUAUCCGGGCUAUAUAAAGAAUGUACACAAGGUCAUCAGCACGCUCGGAGAGAAAAGAGGACUUUUGAAGGCUGUCAACAAAGGUCUAGCGGAAUUACGGUACAGACAUAAUGAUCCAUUUUGUCAUCCUAUUAACGGGGAUGUUGUUCCCACCGCCAAUUUCUUGCUCAAAGUGACGAGACGACGAAAAAAAUCUUCCGGAAAACAGGAGGGAAACGCUACUAGCAAAAUAAAGAACACGAACCAGAAUUUUACUUUUGAAGUUGUUGGAAUAAUAAAUAAGACAUGUCGAUUUAGAGGAAUGUCCGAUGCUCAAUACGUUCCUAAUCCGUACGAUUCGAUACCAAACUUACGGAGACAGCUUGGGAAAUUCGACGUGGAAGGUAUGCGCAAGUUUACCUUCCAACAAUCCGAGGACUAUACAAAGCCAACACUCUUACCACCACCAUCACUGGCAAGAAUCGAGAUUCCGAUGGAAUAUAAAUACCAACAGAAUGUCUCGGUCAUUAAAGUCAUGAUACGUCCUAACGAGACGAAUGUAAGCGAUGAAUGUGCCGUCAGUCAGACUCAUAAAUCGACAUUGGAGAAGAAAAUUCAUCGCCUUGACGAAGGUCCCCCUCCUGAGGUUUUAAAUUAUGUGGAAUUACUGCCCAAAGAGCCUAUAGAGAAGUUGAAGAAGAUGUUUGAGGAACGUCCAGUAUGGACAAGACUAGCGUUGCUUAACACGCUCCCCAAAACGUAUAAGAAACUCAUUAGGAAGCUUUUACCGUUGGUUGCCUAUUGGAUGGUUGGCGGUCCGUGGCGAGAUUGUUGGAUCCGUUAUGGAUACGACCCGCGAAAUGAUCAAACAUCCCGAAUAUAUCAACUUCUUGACGUCCGAAAUACAAGACGGCCUUUAAGACUAGAACGAGCAAAGCGAAUGCUAAAUGGGCAGCCAUCAGUUCUUUCGGAACAUAGUCGAACAGAUAGUCAACCGGAAACUGUAACGUAUGGAAUGGAGAUCGGCGGAGAAGACGCUAGUUUCAAGGAUAUAUCGUUAAUUAAGAUUUCUGAACUUCAUUGUAGGUUGACAGACCGUGAUUCGCAUAUAUUCUCCGGAUUGACAAAGACACGAGAUGUGGCAGUAUUCCAGCUGUGUGAUGUAACUGAUCCUCUGCUUCAACGCUUGAUCGGUUCUUCCGAAAAUUUUGUUGAAGUUUGCGAUGAGCUAAACGGAUUUUAUACAAGUAAUGCUAUGAAAAAAAUGAGGAAAAUCUUACGCCGAAAAUUCGAGGCGUUAGAUGAGAAUGAGAUUUUGUCGGAAGAGAGUUUUAAGGACAUAUUAGAGAGGCACGCAUCGGAUAACGAAGAAAUCCCAGAUGAGAGUGGGGUUGAGGACGAGAACGCAUCUGCAACAGGUGAGACGACGCCCGCAGAUCCUAUUUCGAACAGGAUUGUCGAAUUGAUGCGAAACCUUCAAAAUCAACAACAGUUGCAAGAUGCCACAGCUUCGCGUCCAACCGAGUUACUUUACCGCGUUGAAGACCUUGAAGAUUACGCUGACAUUUUUGGGCCUGACGAGUUACUUUUAUUUUUGCUGCGUAAUAAAGCUUGGGUAGGUUUCCGCCCUCAGCGCGAAGCCAAGACUUUGUACAAAAAAAAAACAAAAGCAAAAUAUUAUACAAUGGAUUGA